CCCGCCGCCCGCCGCGGAUCGCGUGGUCUGGCUCGGCUCUCCGCGCCGCUCCCCCCCAGGCCGUCCGCACCGCUGCAGCCCCCCGAGCCGCCCCGGGCCGGGGGCGGGGGGACGCAGGCCGGGGACCGAGACCAGCUAGGCCAGCUAGGCGCGCCGGAGCCCUCUGCUGCCCGGCGCGCCGCUCCGCGUUCGCCCGCGCCGCCCCGCGCCCGCGCGGCCCGGGCCCCGGCGCCCCGCCAGCGGCCUCGAGCGGGGCCCGCGGCGCGCCCGGCCGCUCCGCGCAGAUGGCCACUCAGGUAGAGCCGCUGCUGCCGGCGGGUGCCGCUCUGCUGCAGGCCGACGAGCACGGCCUGGCGAGGAAGAAGCCCGUGCCUGACGCCCAGGUCGAGCCGGGCCAGAGCGACGGCGGCGGCGAGCCCGACGGCAGCGUCCGCAGGCCAAGGCCCGCCUGCGCCAGGCCCAGCCGCGACGGCGCGGAGCGCGAGAGCCCGCGGCCACCCGCAGCCGCCGAAGCCCCAGCGGGAAGCGACGGCGAGGACGGCGGCCGGCGUGACUUCGUGGAGGCGCCGCCGCCCAAGGUGAACCCGUGGACGAAGCACGCGCCGCCGCCGGCCGCGGUGAACGGACAGCCGCCUCCAGAACCUUCUGCUCCAGCCAAGGUAGUGAGGGCAGCUGCUCCUAAACAGCGCAAGGGCAGCAAGGUUGGUGACUUUGGAGAUGCAAUCAACUGGCCUACACCUGGAGAGAUAGCCCACAAGAGUGUGCAGCCACAGUCCCACAAGCCUCAGCCUGCCCGUAAGCUGCCGCCCAAGAAAGACAUGAAGGAGCAGGAGAAAGGAGAUGGAGGUGAUAGUAAGGAGAGUCCGAGAACAAAGUCAGACGAGUCGGGGGAGGAAAAGAAUGGAGAUGACGACUGCCAGCGAGGCGGGCAGAAGAAGAAAGGGAACAAACACAAGUGGGUUCCGUUGCAAAUAGACAUGAAGCCUGAAGUACCGAGAGAGAAAUUGGCCUCACGUCCCACUCGUCCACAGGAGCCAAGACACACACCUGCUAGCCGAGGGGAGAUCAAAGGAUCUGAACCUGUCACCUACAUGCCUGUAUCUGUGGCCCCACCCACCCCAGCCUGGCAACCAGAGACCAAACCAGAGCCUGCCUGGCAUGACCAGGAUGAGACAUCGAGUGUGAAGAGUGAUGGGGCUGGCGGGGCACGGGCUUCCUUCCGUGGCCGUGGACGGGGGCGUGGUCGUGGACGGGGCCGAGGACGGGGUGGUACUCGAACCCACUUUGACUACCAGUUUGGCUACCGAAAAUUUGAUGGUACAGAGGGGCCCCGCACCCCCAAGUACAUGAACAACAUCACCUACUACUUUGACAAUCUCAGCAGCACUGAGAUUUACAAUGUGGACCAGGAGCUGCUCAAGGACUAUAUCAAGCGCCAGAUUGAAUACUACUUCAGCGUGGACAAUUUAGAGCGAGACUUCUUCCUGAGACGGAAAAUGGAUGCUGAUGGUUUCCUUCCCAUCACCCUUAUUGCUUCCUUUCACCGUGUACAGGCCCUAACCACUGACAUUUCACUCAUCUUUGCGGCUCUAAAGGACAGCACGGUGGUAGAGAUCGUUGAGGAGAAAGUUCGCAGGAGGGAACAACCUGAGAAGUGGCCACUUCCUGGUCCGCCAAUAGUGGACUAUUCACAAACAGAUUUCUCUCAGCUUCUCAACUGCCCAGAGUUUGUUCCCCGUCAGCACUACCAGAAGGAGACUGAGUCAGCACCUGGCUCUCCCCGUGCUGUUACACCAGUGCCAACCAAAACAGAGGAGGUCAGCAACCUGAAGACUCUUCCCAAGGGCCUGUCUGCCAGCCUCCCAGACCUGGAUUCUGAGAGCUGGAUUGAAGUGAAGAAAAGGCCCCGUCCCUCCCCAGCACGCCCCAAGAAGUCAGAAGAGCCCAGGUUUUCCCAUCCAACUUCUCUGCCUCAGCACCUUCCCUCUCAACAGCUGAUGUCAAAGGAUCAGGAUGAGCAAGAAGAACUAGACUUCCUGUUUGAUGAGGAGAUGGAACAGAUGGAUGGGCGGAAGAAUACCUUCACUGCCUGGUCUGACGAGGACUCUGAUUAUGAGAUUGAUGACCGGGAUGUCAACAAGAUACUCAUUGUCACUCAAACACCACCUUACAUGCGUCGGCACCCUGGGGGGGACCGCACAGGCAACCACACUUCUCGUGCCAAGAUGAGUGCUGAGUUGGCCAAGGUCAUUAAUGAUGGGCUCUUCUACUAUGAGCAAGACCUAUGGACCGAGAAGUUUGAGCCUGAGUAUUCACAGAUCAAGCAAGAAGUCGAGAACUUCAAGAAAGUGAAUAUGAUUAGUCGGGAGCAAUUUGACACUCUGACCCCCGAACCCCCUGUGGAUCCCAACCAGGAGGUUCCUCCUGGACCACCUCGGUUCCAACAAGUUCCUACUGAUGCCCUGGCCAACAAGCUGUUUGGUGCUCCUGAGCCCUCCACCAUUGCCCGUUCUCUACCAACCACUGUCCCAGAGUCGCCAAACUAUCGAAACGCCAGGACCCCACGCACACCCCGGACCCCUCAGCUCAAAGACUCUAGUCAGACAUCACGGUUUUACCCAGUGGUGAAAGAAGGACGGACCCUAGAUGCCAAGAUGCCUCGAAAAAGGAAGACAAGACACAGCUCGAACCCUCCCUUGGAAAGUCAUGUGGGUUGGGUGAUGGAUUCCCGGGAGCACAGGCCCAGGACUGCUUCUAUUAGCUCCAGCCCUUCAGAAGGAACACCUGCAGUUGGCAGCUAUGGCUGUACCCCUCAGUCAUUACCCAAGUUCCAGCAUCCUUCCCAUGAGCUGCUCAAGGAAAAUGGCUUCACACAACACGUCUACCACAAGUAUCGGAGGCGCUGCCUUAAUGAGCGGAAGCGCUUGGGUAUUGGCCAGUCUCAGGAGAUGAACACUCUUUUCCGCUUUUGGUCGUUCUUCCUCCGAGAUCACUUCAAUAAAAAGAUGUAUGAGGAGUUCAAGCAGCUGGCACUGGAGGAUGCCAAAGAAGGCUACCGAUACGGUUUGGAGUGCCUUUUUCGAUAUUACAGUUAUGGUCUGGAGAAGAAGUUCCGACUGGACAUAUUCAAGGAUUUCCAGGAGGAGACUGUGAAGGACUACGAGGCUGGCCAGCUCUAUGGAUUAGAGAAAUUCUGGGCCUUCUUGAAAUAUUCCAAAGCCAAAAAUUUGGACAUUGACCCCAAACUGCAAGAAUACCUCGGCAAAUUCCGACGUCUAGAAGACUUCCGAGUGGACCCCCCCAUGGGCGAGGAAGGCAACCACAAGCGACACCCAGUGGUAGCAGGAGGCAGCGGUGAGGGCAGGAAGCGGUGCCCUUCCCAGUCUUCCAGCAGGCCUGCCACUGGGAUCUGCCAACCCCCUACGACACCUACUGGCCAGGCUACUCGGGAAGAUGCCAAAUGGACAAGCCAGCACUUGGACACACUGACUUUGGGAAAGUGAAUGCCCAGAAGCCCCCUGGGGUUUGGGUAGAAGGGGUGGGGUGGGCGAGGUUCCAUGGGGGUGCCCAGUCCCAGGAGAGUGGAUAGAGAAGGGACAGGCCUGGAGUUACUAAGAGGCCUUUGCACUAAGUAGCAGUGUACACCAUUUGGGCUAUUAGUGGUGCCCCUGGGCAGGAGCCUCCAAGUCUCCCCUUCCCCUUCUGUCUCCAUGACUUCCAUCUUAACUUCUAAGGGGGGAGGGGAAGGGGGGAGAUUUUUUAUAUAUAUAUAUAUAUAUACAUACAUAUAUAUAUAUCAAGUUUUAAAUUAUUGAUAGUUUGUCUGGAUUACCAAAAUCACUCUUCAGCCCUUUCUUGCGGCUGUUAGCCGACCUGUGUCCCUGCCUCUUCCCGCUCCCCUCAAGCCAACUAUGCAGCCCACCAGAAGACUCUGGCGGUGCCCAUGAGCCCCAGAAGCACCAGCCCCUUGAUCAACUGGGGUUUGCCAUCACCAUGUCCCCUGCUGUUCCGCAUACCCUUCUGCCACCUCUGGGGGAAGGAAACCAAAGGAUCUCAGAGUGGGGGUCGGGGAGUUUUAGCCUCUCCUGCCCUCCCCCCCUCCCCAGCCCAGAGACGCUGCUCACACCAGAAGAGACUAUUGAAAGAUGAUUUAUUUUAUUUUAUUUUUCGCCUGACCUUUCCAUACUUGGGAAAAGAGAAAAAAAAUAAAAACAACCCCAAAACAAAACAAAAAGAAAAAAAAAGACAAAAUCGACCAUAAAAAAAUGACAAAAAAAAAAUCAGAGCCCACCUAAUCCAUAGAAAGUGAUGUCUUUACCCCUCCUUGGAAUUUUUCUUCUGUUCUGUUUUUGAAAAUAAUAUUUUUUUAAAAGUUGCCUUAUUGUGGAGCGGGAACCUGAACUAAUGCCCAAAUGCCUGUUUUCCUCCUCGAGCCUCCGAAGAGCUCCACCUGCCUGGGAUGCCCCUGGGCUUGGACUAACUAGAAUUCUCCUUGGGACUGAGUUGCAUGUACGGGGCCUCCCACCUGGAGGCAAGAGAGUUGGGGGCAGCUCAAUCAGAGCUGUGCCCAGGACACUCCUGCUGUUUCAUCGUCUCAAGCUGAUGUCCUGUGUCUGCACACUGCUGCCGCUGUCCUUGUUUUGCUUGCUGUCGUCUGACCAGGCUCACCCUGCCCUUCCUCGGAACCCCAAGGCCAAGUUUGCUUCAGACUGUCGUAAACAGAGUUGAUCUUGUCUGGCACACAUUUGUCCUCAGCCUGAGUGUCUCCCCAACCAAAGGACAAGGAGGUGAGCGUCCACUGAUGGCCACAGCUUAGGUCUGUGUCUGACCUCGAGGAGGUGUAUCUCACAAUGUGGAGAAAGGUGCCAUUCUUCAAGGGUCUGGUGUGAUCUUCCCAUCUUAAUACCCCACGACCCCCAGCAAGCCAUCUCUGCCCACCCUCUCACUGACCCUGCCUGGGAUCAAGGGGUGAGAAGAACCGAGGGCUGGGGGAUCCUGCCUUUUGGUGAAGUCCUGUGGCAGGAAGGUAUAUGCGGACAUAGAGUAUACCUGACUUCUCUUUUUAAGCCACCAUCUGCCUGAGCUGCCCUGCACAUGCUAGAAGAGUGGCUGGAGGCUGCUGUCAUCAGGAGCCAGGGAGGGUGAUGAAGAAUACAAGCUGGAGAGCUAAAUGCUCACCCCCCACACUGGGAUCCCGGCAGCGCUAGGGCGGGGGGUAUAUGUAAUCUUGCUCAGUUACUGAAAUUUAUGUGGUCCUCCUUGAGCUCUUCUGUUGUCCCAAAGGCUGGGACUAGGACACAGCAUCGCAGGCUGGCAAGAGCUUGCCCUCUGUUUUUGGGUACCUUGUUGAUUUAACUUGUGCCCUGCCCCACUCUGCCCUCCCGGUGCUUAGAAUGUGCAAAUCCCAUGUCAGCUCCUGUGACUUAGUUGUCUCAAACAGUAUAGGAACAGGAUCUGCUAAUGGGAUCUGAGACCUUCCCCAAAGUCUGGUACCUGCCCUAUGGUACACUUUCACCAAAUAGUGGGCUUCCUUUCCUUUCCGUGCUCAGCCCUGUACUGUAUCCAGUACCGCAGAACCUCAGGGUUUUGAGGCCCAGGGUGGGGGAAAAUUGUUCCCAUCUAGACUAUCCAGGCUAGGUUUGCCAUCUUCCGGAUCCUCUCAGGCCCUCUGAGGAAGGAAGCCCCUUUGGGGCAGGAAGGCAAGGCUAUCAUCUCAACACAGGCUGAGGAGGGGUGGGUGGGAGUGAGUGAGUGAGUGUGAGAGUGUGUGUGUGUAUUUGUUGUGAUACGUUAGGAGUUGACGUUGCAGAGUAGUUUACAUCUUCACCUUCUGAAGACACUUGAAUUUAGGACCGAUGUAUCUGUGACAAGUAUUCCAAGAGUGGCAGGGGCCACCAGAGCAAGCCACUUCCCCAUCACCAUCUUCCCAUGGGAUCCAAGACCUAAGAUAGAGGCAGCCUGCCAAACCGAAGCUCCUUCAUCCUCUGCCUGUACAGGGUUGGUCAUUGGCCUGGGCCCAGCAAGGGGCAGAUUGUGUUCUGCCCUCUGAGCCUCAGAACAAAUGCACUACUCGAAGAGAAGACUGCAUGGCCCUGCUCCAGCCUGGACCCUGGGUUCAGACAGAGGUGCUGAGCCCCAUGUCAGAUUGUUAAUGUUUUUGUUCUGUUGCUCUCUCCCACUCCCUUCAUGACGACAUUUACAAAGGAAAGCAAGCUGCUUGCAAGGUCUGGAAGCAAGGGAAAGGGUGUGAAGACAAGGCUAAUGGUGGAGUGUACCGGAGGCUUGGGUUACCUGGUCCUUUGGAUGGGAGCCCCAGAAUACCUCUCUUGUUAAAGGGCCCCUGGACUCUUCCCCAGCCCCAGGCUCUCCUCCAGCUGUGGUGAUGGCAGAGGCAGAAGAGAACUCUCAGUUGAGUUCUCACCGGAGAGGAAAACUCGUCGUGGGCUUUUCAGAGAAGGUUCCACCUUACGCUCGUACAUUGUCUUUACCAUGUGCUAGGAUAUCACAUUCAACAGGACAAAAAAAAUGUAAAAUACUUGAAUGAGCUUGUAUCAUAACAUUAAUAUUAUUGAGAGUGUCUGCUUCCCAGGCUGAAGUGAUUCAUUCUUCUGGUCCUGCUCUAGUCCUUUGUAAUUGGUGAUAAUUAUUAUGCUUUUUUCUUUUUAAUACAAAAAAAAUGUAUAAAAAUAAAAAC